AUGUCAAAAAGACAGAUGGUCACUGCGAAGGCUGGCACGCCUCCCAUGCUAGGCAGCAGUCCGAGCAAGCGGCAAAGGCUUGGAAUAUCUCGGGAGCAAAAGCAGGCCAUCAUUGAUAACCUGCAAUUAGAGAGCAAGAAACCCCUUAACGCUGUUGGCCGCGUCCUCCUAAUGGCACAAACCCUUCGAUCACGAAUCCAAAUGCGCGUCAACCGCGUUCCCAGAGCUAUGCUGAAGAUGACCAUGGCGGACCUGGUAGAUAGAGCCAACGAACAGCAGAAACGCCUUGAGGCAGCUUCGCGGCCGCCACCUGUUCCCGAGAAGGACUUUCCUCCACGGGGAAGCCCACACAAGCUGGCACCGCCGACGCGCCCUACCAAGCGAUUGAGUGAUGCCAUUGCGGGCGGAGACAAGGAGAACGAGCAAAUUCUUAACCCCAAGAAGAAGCACCGUGCUGCUCCAGCUACGUUGAGUUCAUCGCAGGUCUUGUCGCCCACCUCAUCCAACACCCGAUCGCUGGCGCGCGAGCGACCACCAUCUUCGCCGUCGAAAUCUUCACAAAUUGCGCGACCGACAUCGUCUCCCGUUAAGCAACAUACGAGCGCCCGAUCAGCCCUUUCGAGCAUAGUCGAGAAGGCAAAGAAGACUAGCCGCACAGCUCCUUCGCGUCCUUUGAAUGCAUCGACGGCCAGCUCGAACGCAUCAGCGCCUGCACCUGCUACGGGAACCGUGCCUCCUACACGAACCCGACGAGCCAACACAACCACGGCAGCUAAAGCACCGUCACGGCCCGAAACGCGGACGGGCAAGCGAGUCAGUGACUCUAGUGAGGGCAGCACUGGAACAGUUGUCAAGAAGACAGCAGCGGGAGCACCCGCAAAGAGAACAGUGAUGGGCACGAUUAGGAAGGGUGUUGGGGCAGCAACCACCAGGAAGCCUGCAGCGUCUAAAUCGGCUCCAGCAUCUGCGGCGGGUACUACCAGGGUACUGCGGAAAAGGGGUUAG